AUGGCCGCCUCCACCAUGUCCGUCUGCUCUGAUGCUUGCACCAACUCCUCCUGGCAGGUGGACGACUGCCCAGAGAGCUGCUGUGAGCCUAGCUGCUGUGCCCCCAGCUGCUGCCAGUCCAGCUGUUAUGUUCCCAGCUGCUGUGCCCCAGCCCCCUGCCUGACCUUCAUCUGCACCCCAGUGAGUUGCAUAUCCAGUCCCUGCUGCCAAUCUGUCUGUGCUAGCUCCUGUGAACCCUCAUGCUGCCAGCAGUCUAGCUGCCAGCCAGCUUGCGGCACCUGCUCUCCUUGCCAGCCAUCCUGCUGCAUGACCCUGUGCUGCAAGCCUGUCUGCUGCACCCCCAUCUGCUCUGGAUCCUCCUCAUGCUGCCAGCAGUCUAGCUGCCAGCCCUCAUGCUGUCAAUCCUCCUGCUGUGUGCCUGUCUGCUGCAAGCCCGUCUGCUGCACACCCAUCUGCUCUGGAUCCUCCUCAUGCUGCCAACAGUCUAGCUGCCAGCCCUCAUGCUGCCAGCCAUCCUGCUGUGUGCCUGUCUGCUGCAAGCCCUGCUCCAGUGUGUCCCUGCUCUGCCGCCCUGUGUGCAGACCCGCCUGCUGUGUGCCCAGCUCCUCCUGCUGUGCCUCCUCCUGCCAGCCCAGCUGCAGCAAGCCUUGCUCCAGCAUGUCCCUGCUCUGCAGCCCUGUCUGUUCCCGCCAGGCCUGCUGUGGCCUCUCAAGCUGCUGCUGA